AUGGCAACCCCAACAGCCGCGCCUGAGGCUGAGCAAGAGGCUAUUGAGACCACAUCUUUCGAGUAUAUGGAGGUAGUGCCGUGUGAAAAACACGACGUCAGGAUGCUGAUGGCCCAGCUGCUGCCCACACUGUAUGCCCUGGUGUUUGUGAUCGGGUGUCUGGGCAAUAUGAUGGUGGUGGUGAUCCUCACAAAAUACCGACGCCUCUGCAUUCUGACCAACAUCUACCUGCUCAAUUUGGCAAUUUCUGAUUUGCUCUUUCUAGUCACUCUGCCUUUCUGGAUUCACUAUGCAAUGCAGGGUGAGUGGGUUUUUGGCUAUGGCAUGUGCAAGUUGCUCUCAGGGCUUCAUAGCAUGGGCUUGUAUGGGGAGGCCUUUUUCGUCAUCAUGCUGACCAUAGACCGGUACCUGGCCGUUGUCUACCCCGUGUCUGCCCUUCGAGCCCGGACCGUCUUUUUCGGUAUCAUAAGCAGUGUCUUCACAUGGGUCCUGGUAGGGCUGGCAGCCCUCCCUGAACUUAUCUUCUUUAGGGACCAGGAGGAUAUGGGACAAUUGGUCUGCAGUUCCCUUUACCCAGAGGGUGAUGAAAACACUUGGAAGCAUUUCUACAUUGUGAAAAUGAACAUCCUGAGUCUGGCUCUGCCUCUGCUCAUUAUGGUUGUCUGCUACUCGGGCAUCAUCAGAACACUGGUGAGAUGCCCCAACAAAAUGAAGUGCAAGGCCAUCCGGCUCAUUUUUAUCAUCAUGGCGGUCUUUUUCAUUUUCUGGGCGCCCUACAAUGUGGUUCUUCUUCUCCACACUUUUCAAAUGACUUUCUUCGGGGGCAGCUGUGAGCAGAGCAAACAGCUGGACCUGGCCAUCAUGGUGACAGAGGGGAUCGCCUACACGCACUGCUGCGCCAACCCUGUGAUCUACGCCUUCGUCGGCGAGAGAUUCCGGGCACAUCUCCACCACUUUUUCCACCACCAUGUGGCUGUGCGCCCAGGCAAAUGCGUCCAAUUUCUUAACAGCAAGAGAUCAGAAAGAGGCAGCACUACUUCCCCAUCAUCAGUGGAGCAGGAACUCUCUGCUAUAUUUUAG